AGCCACAUCUUCUGAUUCACUGUCGGUUCUCUUACCGCAGUCGGUUUAAUACUCAUUUUCAGUGAUCACUUCUCUGUUUUGCUCUGUUUUAGUUGUGAUCAAAGAGAUGGAUCUAAUUGAUAAGGUGAUGGGAUCUGAGGAAGUGAUCACUGGACUAGCAAUGGAGAUCGCAACUCCAGAAGUGAUUUCAUCUGAAAUCCAAGUGAAAGCUGCAGAAGUGAUUUCAUCUGAAAUCCAAGUGAAGACUCCUGAAGUGAUUUCAUCUGAAAUCCAGCAGAAAACCUGUGUGGAUUGUGGUGCUAUCAAAACGCCUCUUUGGCGUAGUGGUCCUGCUGGCCCUAAGUCGCUGUGCAAUGCUUGUGGGAUCAGGAGCAGGAAGAAGAAAAGAGAUCUGCUGGGAUUGAACAAGGAUGACAAGAAGACGAAGAAAUCGUCUGCUAAUUCUGCAAGCAGCAGCGGUGAUAGCGCCAGCAGCAGCAAUGUGGAGAAGAAGAAGAAAGCUCCAGUGAAGAGAGCUGAUUCAAUUUCACUUCACUGGAGUAAGCUUGAUGAAGUUGAACGAGCUGCUUUCUUGUUGAUGUCUCUCUCUUGCAGCUCUGUUCGUGCUUGAUCAGGGCCAGCGACAGCGAUGCUUGUGCCCUUUUUGGGUUGGUUGGUGAGUGAUCAGUGGUGGGUAGAUGAUGUAGGAAGUAGAAUUAUAAAACAGCAAUAGAAAAGGUUAAUCUAGUUGAGAAAUUAUUUCUCCUAGGAGUUGAAAAGGAUUCUCUUAUCCUUUUUAGAUUUAUUAAAUUUAUUAGUUUAAUCAAAUUCCUUGUUAUGCUUAUCAAAACAUCA